AUGGCGACUAAAUCGCCCGCGUACACCUGGGAGAACGGCUUCCGUGAGUUGGAUUUAUCAUCGGCCUCGGAAACUCCCUGGUCUUGGCCUAAGAGCACUGUCGACGAUAAUGGGGAUCCAGCCGCGGAUCGCACGGGCGCCUACGUCACGCCUCCGUCUGUGGACCUUACCACUUCACUUACGCAUAACCAGCUCGGCAUCAACGUUGUUCGUCACUGGCCCAGCCUUUACGAUGGCACCAACAGCCCUCACGGGGUGCCGUCGUGGUGGGCGCCAAAGGAGGAAGUUGACGUCCUCAUCUGUGGAGCCGGCCCCAGCGGCCUCCAAGUUGCCGUCAGCCUAGCGAGACAAGGGGUCUCGUUUCGCAUCAUCGACAAGGCUGACACGCCGCUCGUUGCCGGCCGCGCCGAUGGUGUGCAGCCCAGAUUUCUCGAAACCAUGUCUCAGUGGGGGCUCUCGACAGAGGUUCACGAGGAGGGCCCUCUGAUUGAGCGCACUGCCAUCUACAAGGACGGCCAUAUCGUGGCCUGCAUAUCAUCACGCAGGGCCAGCUCGAGCGCAUUUAUCUGA